AUGGCGCGCUGCGCGUCGUGCGCGUUUUCAGAGACGACGCUGGAUGAGUGCACGACGUCGGACGGGGUCACGGACGACGCGAGCGCGAUAGGCGCGAACGGGCGACGGAAAUUCUUUGGCGCUGGGUUAGAGAGUUGGGCGAAGCUCGACGCCGCGGGUGUCAUUCGCGCGCGAUUCGUCGGUUUGCGCGAGGUAGAGAAUUGCACGUUCGAGUGUUCUUUCGCUUGUGACGUCGCGCACGCGCGCGCACGCGCGAGGGUGGUGGCUGCCGGCGAAGAGGCGAGAGCGACGGCUUUGAGCGGCGGCGGUGGCGCCGCCGACGAAAUAGAGGUGAUGUGCGCGUUCGAUGCGGUCGAUCUGAGCUCUGUGAUUCGACACGAUGCGUUGAACGUCGGGGCGUUCGAGGUAAUCGCGCGAACGCGGGAUGGGGAGGAGUUGGCGCGCGCGGCGUUGCUGACGCGAGUCGAACAAGACGAAAGCGCGACGCUGCGAAGGUUAGUUUUGCCGUACGUGGCGAAAUUUGAGUGA